AUGAUUGAUGCUCUUAGCUUCAUGGAUUCCUAUCAAGCGUUGUUACUCAUUCUCGUUCUGUUGCAACUGCUGACUAGCACUGCAAAGCCGAGUAAUUAUUUGUGCACUUCAUCCUGUGGUGACAUUCACAACAUAAGCUACCCAUUUCGACUGAAGAGUGAUCCAAAGGGAUGUGGUUUAUCAAAAUACGAGCUGGCUUGUGAAGGUAAUCGCACUGUUGCAUACUUUGGUGUUGGUAGAUACUAUGUGCUAUUUAUCGAUUAUUCCAUUGGCCAAAUUAGAUUGGUAGACGAUGGGAUCUAUAAGGACAAUUGCUCGUCUCUUCCCCAUCACUUGUUGACAAGGGGUGAUACGCUCUUCGGCGAACAGUACUUCGACGCAUUUGACAGACAGUACUCCAACGCAUUCGGUAGUGUGGUCAUUGUGAAUUGCUCAAAGACAGUUAAUUCUUCAUUCUACAUCGCUAUUAAUCCAUCAUGCAUUGUGGGGUUGUAUUCUUCCAACACAUCAUCGAGUUGGAAGUUGUAUGCUUUGACCAAUUCAAAAGCAUCAGAUGUUAGGGACUUUUGCACCAUUCACAGUGGGACCUGGGUAUCAAAUUAUUCGGCUAAUUACAAGCAGAUAAACAGUAGCCUCUACAAUUAUGAGCUAAUCCAUAACAUCAUGGCCAAUGGAUUUGUUUUCGACUUGCCUUACUGCUUUGUUGAAUUCAAAUACCGUUACAUCCUCACGGUUCAGAGUUGCGGCUUCACCACCAACGGAGUCUUUGGCCUCUUUGAUUUCGGUGUCUACUUUAGGUUUCAGGAUUGCGAAUGGAGGUUGCCUGAUGGCGGUGUCCCAGGUUCUAUAACCAUUCGGAUGACUGUGGCUUUUAUAUGUCUACUGGCGUAUUUUUGUGGAACAAAGUUUGCAAUUGGGAUGCCAUUUUUCGGGAUAUUUCUAAUCUCCAUCUACAGAAGAAGGCACUUAGCAAUGGACAAGAACAUUGAAGAAUUUUUGCAGGCUCACAACAACUUUUUACCCAUAAGGUACUCCUAUUCCAAUAUUAAGAAGAUCACUGCAAGUUUUAAGCACAAACUGGGAGAAGGGGGAUAUGGUUCUGUGUACAAAGGAACGCUCCGAAGCGGCGAUGAAGUGGCUAUCAAGAUUUUGAAGCAGUCCAAGGCCCAAGGCCAAGAUUUUAUCAAUGAAAUAGCUACUAUUGGAAGAAUUUACCAUGUUAAUGUAGUGCAACUCAUUGGUUUUUGCUUUGAAGGCUCGAAACAAGCUCUCGUGUAUGAUCUCAUGUCAAAUGGAUCCUUGGAUAAGCAAAUUUUCACCGAGGAAGGUGAUAAAUUUCUCAAUUACAAGAAAAUAUAUGAAAUUUCUCUUGGGGUGGCGAGAGGGAUUGAAUACUUACAUCGGGGGUGUGACAUGCAAAUACUACACUUUGAUAUCAAGCCUCACAAUAUUCUUUUAGACAAGAAUUUCACUCCGAAAGUUUCUGACUUUGGACUCGCAAAACUUUGUCCCGCUAAUCAUAGCAUAGUCUCAUUGACUGCUGCAAGAGGGACCUUAGGAUAUAUGGCACCAGAGUUGUUCUAUAGAAACAUUGGUGAUGUAUCUUUUAAAGCGGAUGUCUAUAGCUUUGGGAUGUUGCUCAUGGAAAUGGCAGGUAGAAGGAAGAAUAUAAGUGCAAAUGUGGAACACUCAAGCCAAAUUUAUUUUCCAUUGUGGGCGUAUGACCAAGUUAGCGAAGAAAAAAGUGUUGAAAUAGAAAUUGUAGCAGAGGAAAGGAAGGUGAUAAAGAAGAUGAUAAUAGUUGCACUUUGGUGUAUACAAUUAAACCCUGACCAUCGGCCUUCAAUGAGCAAUGUCCUAGAAAUGCUUGAAGGAGAUAUUGAUGAACUCCAAAUGCCUCCAAAACCACUUAUUUAUCCACCUGAUGUGCCAGUUAACAGUGAUGAAGCUGAGAUGGAGCUGGAAACAUUCUCAACUUCAUCAAGUACUCCAAUAAUCUAUACUAGUUUUCUUUUGGGAUAUACCAAUGAUGUUUAG